CUAGCGCCGAAGUACUAUUUCACUCCUUAAGCUCCCCUGCUCGAGCGGCUGUCUUGCCAGAACACAGAGAGCACAAUGAUUCCUGGACUAACUGGGGGGAAGGCUUACUGCUUCCUUUUCCUCCUCCUUGCCGCGUUUAUCGGACAGUCGACUGCCUCCCUUGGUGACCACCUCGCCGACUUCAAAGAAUGCGUCAAGGUUUGCCAGGCUGAGAACUGUCAAGAUGGGGACUCAAUCAUCCCUUUCCAACUCCGCCUCAUGCUCUGGACGUGUCCCUCCGAGUGCGAUUAUACCUGCCAACAUGUUGUGACGGACCGCCGGGUUGCUCGUGACCCCCCGAUGUUGAACCCGGUGUUACAAUUCCAUGGCAAAUGGCCGUUUCGCCGGAUCCUAGGGAUGCAGGAGCCCUUCUCGGUUCUCUUCUCCUUCUUCAACUUUCUCGCCCAUUGGUAUGGGAUCGGACGGAUUCGUGAGACGGUCCCCUCGUGGCACUCCCUACGGCCCUACUACAUCGCUUUUGGAUACUGUGGCCUAGCCUGUUGGACGUUCAGCUCGCUCUUCCACACGAGAGACCUCCCUUUGACCGAAAAGUUGGAUUAUUUUGGGGCGGGCGCCAAUGUGAUGUACGGGUUCUAUCUGGCCGUGGUUCGCAUCUUUCGCCUGGACCAAAUGGAGCCCAAACACAAACCGACCCUGCGUCGUCUCUUGACCUCGCUCUGCGUUGUUCUCUACACCUUGCAUGUGUGCUACCUCAGCUUCUGGUCAUGGGACUACACCUACAACAUGAUCGCAAACAUCGUGAUAGGGAUGAUCCAGAACGUUCUGUGGGUGGCCUUUAGCAUUUACCGGUAUCGCAAGUAUGGCAAGGAAUGGAUGGCUUGGCCCGGAAUGAUCGUGGUCUGGAUUAUCUUGGCCAUGAGCCUCGAGUUGCUGGAUUUCCCUCCGUGGCACGAGCUGAUCGACGCGCAUAGCCUUUGGCACCUGGGAACAGUAAUCCCGACCGCAUGGUGGUACCUGUUUUUGAUCAAGGACGUCCAGAACGACGUGGCGGGCGACAGGCUGAAAGCCUAGAUCGACACGCCCUUAACCCUGCUUCGUAUAAUUCCCCUGGUCAGCUGUUGGACAGGUCCAGGUGACCGGAUGGCCUGUAUUAGUAGUACUACCUAGAUAGAUUAUAGAGUUUUCAG